AUGUCCACCACUGCCCCAAAGAAGAGAACUUUCAGAACUUACUCCUACAGAGGUGUCGAUUUGGAACAACUCUUGACUAUGUCAAAUGAAGAGUUCAUCAAGUUGGCACCUGCUAGAAUCAGAAGAAGAUUCGCCCGUGGGUUAGGUCACAAGCCAGCUCGUUUCAUGAAGAAAUUGAGAGCUGCUAAAUUGGCUGCUCCUGAAAACGAAAAGCCAGAUGUUGUCAAGACUCACAUGAGAAACAUGAUCGUCUUCCCAGAAAUGAUUGGUUCCGUCGUCGGUGUCUACAACGGUAAGGUUUUCAACCAAGUGGAAAUCAGACCAGAAAUGGUUGGUCACUACUUGGCUGAAUUUUCCAUCUCUUACACUCCUGUGAGACAUGGUAGAGCCGGUGCUACCACUUCUCGUUUCAUGCCUUUGAAAUAA